AUGAGAUUCAUGACCUCGGGGUGCGGCAAGUGGGCUGAUCCAUAUUGUGAGGAAUCAAAAGCUGUUCAGCUGACCCACAAUCCAAGGCAAUUUCAGCAGGGUCAAUUCAUCAUUAGGCUGGUCGGCCGGCACACAGAACCACUCCUCAAGAAGAUAUGGGUGGCCGAGCCAGCUUUGAUGGGGUCAACAUAUACAUCGGCUCAUCAGCAGGCACCAUCAACCAUGGCCUGUUUGUAUGGUCAGGGGGCUCAGUGUUGUUGGGGUAAGGUCACUAAUACUUGUGUCUACGUCGACCUCUACCUCAUCUCGUGCCCUAUCCAAGGAAUAGGAUGGAUCCUAACAGCAACUGCCUAUGUUUUAUCAUAA